UCAGAUAUUCAUAGAAAAACGAUUUCAAAUGUGUCCGUCCAAAUUUGUUGUGUUGUGUUUAUUGCUAGUUUCUGUGAAUGCUGAGCUGGCCGCUCUCGAAAACGACGUAACGCCGUCAACGGAUCGGGAAAAACCGAAACCCUCUGACUUCGAAUUUCUGGUUACGGGCGGCUAUCGUCCGGAGACAAACCAAUUGGUGAAGCACGUAGUUUCGCUUAGGCUGGGUAAACCAGCUAAGUUCUUCGGGGACAACCACUUUUGCGCGGGUUCCAUCAUUAGCCAGCGUGCCAUCCUGACGGCGGCCCAUUGUUUCUUUAAUUCACGCCGCCAGCUGCAGCCGAAGACGUUGACCGUCUUCGCUGGCACCCAGCGACUGGUGAAGAGCAGCACCACCCAGAUGGUGGCGGCGAGGAAGCUGCUGCCGCACCCCAAGUACAAAAGGGGCAAAUCGCAAAAGUAUGAUGUCGGACUGGUGUUUCUUAAGCAGGAACUCCGCCUGGGCGACGCCGUCCGCACGAUACCGCUGUACAACAAGGCGCCGACGGCCGGGCUCAAAUGCUUCAUCAUUGGCUGGGGCACGCUCAUACAUUUCGGACCACUGCCCGAUGAGGUCGUCAAUGGGGACGUUAAGAUCUUGCCGGACACCUUCUGCCAGAAGCUGCAGGGCUGGACCAGGACGGGAAUGCUGUGUGCCAAUGACGAGCACAACUUCGAGGUGGACAGCUGCCAGGGCGACUCGGGCGGGCCGCUCAUCUGCGACAGCAAGGUGGCCGGCAUUGUGUCCUUCGGCACGGGCUGCGGUGAGCCCGAUUUGGCCGGAAUCUACACCGACGUCUACCACUUCCGGACGUGGAUCAACGAGAACUCUGGCCCCCCGGCCAUUUAUCCGCUGGUUGCGCUCUUGAUCCUGACACAGCUUUCGCUGGUGGCCAGUUUUUGGGGCACAUGCUAAGCGCCAGCCAGCCAGCCAGCCAGACAGCCUGCUCUCCAAUUCAUUCCAUUCAACAGGCGGUCGGUCGGUCGUUGCGCUCGGGAACCGUUACUAAGUAAUCGCGGCUGCCAGCCAGCCAGCCAGCCCGGCUGCCCAACUGCCCAACUGCCAGUGGGAGCCUGCAAAACCUCCGAGCCUGCAGACGACAAACCAAAAUUGACUAAAACCGACUAAAAGCGAGCAUGCCCUGACAUCCGUAGACGUGGAGGUGGACACCCGAGUGCGAGGCCAUGCAACGCGAUGGCAAAUGGCGAAAUGCGGUGCCCGGCGCGCCAUUACCCGCGCACAAAUGCACCCACACGCACUCGCCCCGUGUGUUUUGGGUGGGACAACGGUUUAUGGUUAUGCUGGCGAUGGAACUGAUGCUGCUCCUGCUGCUGCUCCUGCUGCUGCUGCUGCUCCUGAUGCUGAUGCCGAUGCUAGCCGCGCUGUCGGCCAAUCCACUACUGUUUGUGACAGCAAUUAUCGCAUCACGACCUAGGCCGCCCCUCCUUAGUCGCCCACACACCCCAGUGCAUAUCAAGCGGCGGCGGCGAGGACAUUGUGCAACAAUUCGCCCUGGUUAAUUUUGGGCAUUCGCCAACUGUUGAUUAUACCAAUUAGGGGCAGCGGUGGCCGCGCUUAGAUUAUAGAGAGCGCCACCAGAAGAUGGGCAAUAAAAUGGGUCUGCUAACUGACCGUGGAAAUGCACAAGGACUUUUGGUUGGACUUUCCAGCACAGAACGAAUCUCGGUGCGAAAUCUCGGCGCGGAGGCAUGUUGAUUCGAUAUCUGCAAUGCAAUUAGUAAUAGCACACGCACACUCCAAUCACUACGAUGGAUAUGGAGGGCUAAAGCAACAACCUAAGCAACACAAGUCACGAACGUGUCCCCAGCGAGGGAUGCUCCUCCGUCUCCAGGAUUCUUCGAGCAAAGCCAUUGUGCCACCGCCUCGGCGACUGACUGACGAGAGGCAGGCCGCAAAACAAUGUUGAAUUGAUGUGGGACCCCAGCCAGGCACAACGACGAGCACAGCACAGCACACAUAUUUACAGACACUCGCAAUCAGGUUUGUCAUUUCACAGUCGUAUUGUGUGCUGUUCAAGUGUUCAUAAUGAAUUUAAUCGCA